AAAGCGAUUACAGUCAAUUUUCGGAUUUGGUGUCACGAUGUCGUUCUUCAGCCUCGGCUUCAUAUCCUUGUUGGCGUUCGCAGUUGCGGACCUGCAUAACGAUCCGCAUUAUGUCGGCGAUAGAACUACCAUGGUUCACUUGUUCGAAUGGAAGUUCAACGACAUUGCCAAAGAAUGCGAAGAUUUUCUCGGUCCGAUGGGCUACGGUGGUGUACAAGUUUCUCCCAUAAACGAGAAUCUCGUGAUAGAGAACAGACCAUGGUACGAAAGAUAUCAGCCACUCUCCUACAAAAUUAUUAGUCGAUCUGGAAACGAAGCCGAAUUUAAGGAUAUGGUGAAAAGAUGUAACAAGGUUGGCGUGCGAAUAUACGUCGACGCGGUCAUCAAUCACAUGUCAGGAAAUGCACAACCUGCAUACGGAACCGGUGGCACGACAGCAAAACCAGAUGAGCUUAGUUAUCCGGGAGUCCCGUACACGUCCAAAGAUUUCAACCCUCCAUGUGACAUCCAGAAUUAUAACAACGCUACGGAAGUUCGCGACUGCGAGCUGUCCGGUCUUCACGAUCUUAAUCAGACCAAAACGAACGUCCGAGACAAAAUAAUUAAAUAUUUCAACAAAGUCAUCGAUCUUGGAGCUGCUGGCUUUCGCAUCGACGCCGCCAAACAUAUGUGGCCACAAGAUCUUAAGGCUAUUUACAAAAAAAUAAAGAACCUAUCCCCUAAGAACGGGUAUCCGAAGAAUGCGCAGUGUUACAUCUAUCAGGAAGUCAUCGAUCUCGGCGGCGAGGGAGUCAGCAAGUUCGAGUACAAUGAUAUCGCAAGUGUCAUUGAGUUCCAGUAUGGCAUUGUUUUGGGUAAUAUGUUCCGCGGUAAGGACAAUUUGGCGAGAUUGCAAAAUUUCGAUGACGAGAAUGCUUGGAGACUGAUACCCUCUAAAGACGCGUUAGUCAUGGUUGACAAUCAUGAUAAUCAGAGAGGUCACGGUGCCGGUGGAGCCUCCAUUUUGACGCACAAGGACCCGAAACCGUACAAGAUGGCAGUAGCCUUUAUGCUCGCUCAUCCUUACGGACAUGCUCGAGUCAUGAGCUCCUUCGCGUUUAGUGAUCCCAGUCAAGGCCCACCGGCCAAUUCGGAUGGCAGCAUCAUUUCGCCUGAGAUCGUCAACGGUGAAUGCGUCAACGGUUGGGUCUGCGAGCACAGAUGGCCGCAGAUUCAGCAAAUGGUCAAAUUCCGCAAUCUAGUAAACGGCGAGAAGCUGGAGAAUUGGUGGAGCAACGGGAAGAAUCAGAUCGCCUUCUCCCGCGGCGGCAAAGGUUUCGUCGCCUUUAACGUCGAGGGUGAUCUACGCGAAAAGUUACAAACCGGAUUGCCAGCGGGGACAUAUUGUGAUGUCAUAACCGGAGACGUUGUCGACGGCAAAUGCAGCGGAAAGUCGGUGCAAGUUGUCGACGAUGGCACCGCUACGGUCGAGAUUCUAUCAAGCGAGUCGGAAGGUGUGCUCGCUCUUCAUAAUCAGGCGAAACUAUGACGCACGUGUGGAUAAUAAGCUUGUAUACGCAACAUUUUAAGAAUCUAUAUAUGACUAAUAUGAACUUAUGUAACCACUGUUGUCUAAAUACUGCACUUGAAUAAUAAAAAAUUGCAUUCUUUGCAUUUGAGUAAUAAUA